AUGAUUUCUAAGUACUUUUUUAUUUUAAUUACAUUGGCUUUAUUACAAUAUUCAUACUCAUUUCAAUCAGGAUAUACAUGUGAAACAUCAGUUACAUUAGCAUGUCCGAAGGGAAGAAAAUUACUUAUAUUAGAAGUAACAUAUUCGUCUGAGUGUCCCAGUUUAGAAGAAGAGAAAACUGGUGGUACAAAUUAUGCACCAUCUCGUUGUAUUGGUUAUUAUCGAGAACGAACAAGUACUUUAUGCAAUGGACAAGAAAUUUGCACAAUAGACAAUACUCUUGGACAGAGACCAUCAUUUCUUGUUGGAAAACAAGCUAACUGUGAAUUUACCGGUCAAAGUAUUAAUGUCGAUUAUUCAUGCAUACCUGAUUUUUAUUCGAGUAAAUUACCCCGCAUUGACAUCUGUUCAUUACAAUCACUUCAUGGUGUUGCCGAAGGUUUUAUUCAUACACCAAACUAUCCAAAUGGUUAUCCGAAUAAUCUCGAAUGUUCAAAAGCAGUACCAUCACCAGAUGUUGGUCAUCGAUUAAAAAUAUAUGUUCUUAAUUUUGAUGUUGAAGGUUUAAGUGUACUUCGAUUUUUUGGUAUUAAGCGUAGUAAUGAUUGGCUUAAAAUUAAUAAUAGUGGAGAAAAAAUGAGUGGUACAUUACCUGCAUACACACUUCUCUUCGAUGAUAUCAUUGAAGCAUCGUUAAUGUUCAAAUCGGACUUUGCUAAUACGAAACGAUCAUACUCUGGUUUUUUACUUUAUUUUAUUGCUAUACCAAUUCGUGCUUCUCGACCCUCAACUACAAGUACAAUCAUAUCAACAACAGAAAAUUCGUCAAGGAUUGAUCCAGCUAUAAUAUCGACGCUUUCAAAUAAUGAUAAAUCAAUGGAUUUAAUGCGAUCGAAAACUUCUGCCCUUAUAUCAAAUGAACGACGUCACAAUAAUGUUGGUUUAACAUUACUUGUUGUUCUGUUAGCUGGCAUUCUUUUUGUUUGUUUCUGUGCAUUUAUACUUUAUAAACGACGUAAUGAUCGCCGUGUUCGUUAUUUAACUGAAAUGUUCAAUUCAUUUUUUCCAAGUAAACCAAAAAAUGUAUCACUUAAUACAACAGGUAAUAAUGAUGAAACAAUAUUAAAUAAUACUGUACAAUCGAAACUUGAUGUAUCAUUAAUGAGUAAUGAUGAAAAAUUUUCAAAAACAAAUCAUUAUGAUGAAGUAUUUGUUCAAACACCGAAAGCGAAACAUGUAAAUAUAAAUGAAAAACGUGAAAAUCAAGAAAAACAAAUUUUUAUUGAAAAUCUUAAAACAUGUCCAUCACCAUAUUCAUCAUAUCGACGUUCAGAUAAUAAAUUUAAUUCAAAAGAACAAAUUAAUAAUGAAAAAACAAAAAAUUCAAAUAUUUACUCACGAGAACCACUUGCUCAAGUUAAGUUCAGUGAAAAUCUUGAUAACGAUACACUUCUUUAUGAAUAUAUUGAUUUAAAUCAAUCAACAGAACAACAUACAGUUGAAGAGUCAGAACAAGAACAACCACAAGAAGUUAUUUAUGAUGUUAUUAAUCCAAACAAUGAACGACCUGUUCACUUACAAACAGAUUAUGAUUCUGGAAUGUAUGCAACACCGAAGGACAUUUGA